UUACAUACGGCCACAUCGGGCCGGAUGAGCCGCGCGCAUCCUUGGCUUCAACACCUUCAGCUUCAGCGUGCACGGCGACAGGAAAACUCGACCAAAGACAAUUGUCCGCAGCACAGCAAAACACUGCAAUCAGUGUGUGCAGUUGACGUCACUCACAUGCUCAGAUAGCGGACGAAUAGUCAGAGACCUAGUAGUACAGCACCGCCCCACUGGCACUGCAUACACCAAAUAUUGGUAGUACGGUACCGCUUGACACUGCCGGUGAACGUGCUACGUAGUACGGGUAGCCCCCUCGGCCCCAGAGCGCGUCCCUCUCAGUGUCACCACCGUAGACCUGGAUUGAACAUUUCAUCAGUAUUAGCAAUGUCACCAAAUGACCAGGCUACCCCCCCUCCUUACGAAGACACGCCGUACAUGGAAGUCGUCCAAUGGAGUGCUACCAAAGGAUGUUACCACGCUUCCCCACCAAGAACCCUUCGGCCGGCCCUCUCUGCUCGCAUCCCGCACGAGGUCAUCGAGUUCAUCAUAAACGGGAUGGAUACGCCCACACUGGCUGCAGCGGCAUUGGUCUGUGCAAUAUGGUACUCCCCAGUCAUGCGCAAUCUCUACUUCACAGUCGAGCUCCACGAUCGCACGAGCUUCGACUUGCUCUUCAAGCAGUCCCGCACGUCUCCGCGCGUUAGGCACUGGCUCGCAACCACACGCGAACUUGUUGCCUCCGACCCGCAUCCCAGCCUUCUCAAUGCCAUAGAGGCCGGAGAUUUGUCUCUAGGGCAAGAGAGGAAGACUGCUCGCUUCCUCCACUCACUUCCCCUCGCGUUCGGCCGCACGAUGUCCAGUGUGCGGGCCCUCAGCGUUUCCGACUUGCAUCGCUUCACGCGUCCCGAAUUCUUUCGAUAUCUAGCUCAGUUCAAAUCCCUCAAGGCACUGGCCUUGUCGAGGUGCACGCUGAGCGCAUCCCAGCUGCGGCGGAUCAUCUGCGCCGUCCCCCAACUUGAAGCGCUCACUCUCGAGGGGAACAUUCUGGCUGAUGAGGGUCCUUUCGAUUCUCCGCCCGUACACUGGCAUCUACUGCCACCAACAAGUACACGGCUCCGACGUCUCGGGAUACACCUGGAUGCGAGCGACGGGGUAUCGCCAUCCCGUCAUCGGGCCAUCGUCGACUGCCUUGUGCGCUCGGGGUUCUGCGCCUCUCUGAAUGACAUCGCGGUCCGGGGCACUGACCACCCCUCGUGGAAGACCACUUUAGUAGACGAACUGCUAGAAGCAGCCGGCCCAGCACUGACUCGGUACUCCGAAGAUGGCUUCCCGCACGGUCGUCACGGCAAUCUCGCGCGUAACGCAGCCCUGCGGUCCUUAGACUUCAGCUUGCUUGGCCCCGUCGUCGCGGGCGCUGGGCAGUCGAUUCAUAGCUGGUCGAAAGUCUCGGACGACCUACGCAGCGUCUUAGUCAUGGCGCGCAGCCACCAGCUCGAGCACAUCGUCAUCAGGAUCGACCUGCCGCUUCACCUGAAUGCAACACAAGAGAUGCGCGACGCCCUCAAUCAAAGGAGCAACCUGAUGCUGCGCGACCUGCACAAUCUCAUGUAUCGCCCGGACUUUGCCACGCUGAAGGGCGUCGAGGUGUCGGUUCGCCUCUUGUAUGCUUCGCGUGAUGGCAAGGAAGCGGAGGUGGAGAGCAUCAAAGGAAGCGUUGGGAAGGCGAUUCGCCUCUUGCUCAGGCCGUGGCAUGGUCGCGGUGUAUUGCACCUCUCCUGGCGGAACAGUUGAGCCCAGAACUCUUAAUAUCAUGGGAAGCAAUGGGCUCGUCUUCGUGCGCGUAGCCAAGCUUCUCACUCUUACCACACGUCUCAGGCGAUGUAAAUAACCGAUGAUAAUAACGUCGUGAGGCAUCUCAAUACAACAGAACACACCCAAGAUAUAC